AUGUUUGCAUGUCUAAUGAAAUGCGUUAUGAUGGGUUAUGUUGGUUUCAAAAUCUCAAUCAAGUUGUGGGCGGGGCCUUGGCCCGACGCAAGCUGGAAGUGGAACUACAAGUUCAAGGGCAGUAAAGAGACGGAAGCGACGUACAAAGCCAUAUGGACGUCGCUUCGGCAGAUCUUUCUUGGAGCUUGA